AGACGGAGUUGCAGGCGGGUGGCGGCGGCUGUGCCUGGUAGUGAGGGCGGGAGGGAGUGAGUCACUGAGCGUGUGUGAGGGAGGGAAGGAGCAAGCGGGCGAGCGAGCAGCCCGCGCCGUUCGCCCGCAACUCCAGCCAGGCCCCGCCGCCGCCCCGCAGCCCAGCGCCGAGGCCGGGCCGAGCCGAGCUGGGUCGGGCCCGGGCCAUGCUGCUCACCGUGUACUGUGUGCGGAGGGACCUCUCCGAGGUGACCUUUUCCCUCCAGGUCGACGCCGACUUCGAGCUGCACAACUUCCGCGCGCUGUGCGAGCUCGAGUCCGGCAUCCCCGCAGCCGAGAGCCAGAUUGUCUAUGCUGAAAGACCACUCACAGACAACCACAGAUCGCUGGCUUCCUACGGCUUGAAAGAUGGGGACGUUGUGAUUUUACGGCAGAAGGAGAACGCCGACCCUCGACCUCCAGUGCAGUUCCCAAACUUACCCCGAAUAGACUUCCGUAGUAUAGCCGUGCCUGGCACGUCAGGCUCCCGGCAGCGCCAGCCACCAGGAGCACAGCAGUCCCACUCAUCUCCUGGAGACAUAGCUUCAUCUCCUCAGGGCUUGGACAAUCCAGCCUUGCUCCGAGACAUGUUGCUGGCCAACCCCCAUGAGCUGUCCUUGCUGAAGGAACGCAAUCCGCCCCUGGCAGAUGCUCUGCUCAGUGGAGACCUUGAGAAAUUUUCUAGGGUCCUGGUGGAGCAGCAGCAGGACCGAGCCCGGAGAGAGCAAGAAAGGAUUCGUCUCUUUUCUGCUGACCCUUUUGAUCUUGAAGCUCAGGCAAAAAUAGAAGAAGAUAUAAGGCAACAGAACAUUGAGGAAAACAUGACAAUAGCUAUGGAAGAGGCUCCUGAAAGUUUUGGUCAAGUGGUGAUGCUUUAUAUUAACUGCAAAGUGAAUGGACAUCCUGUGAAAGCCUUUGUUGACUCAGGUGCCCAGAUGACUAUUAUGAGCCAAGCUUGUGCAGAAAGGUGUAAUAUAAUGAGGCUGGUGGACCGUCGGUGGGCAGGGAUCGCCAAAGGAGUGGGCACCCAGAAGAUUAUUGGAAGGGUACAUCUAGCUCAGGUUCAGAUUGAAGGAGAUUUCCUGGCGUGUUCUUUCUCUAUACUUGAGGAACAGCCCAUGGACAUGCUUCUGGGACUGGACAUGCUGAAGCGGCAUCAGUGUUCCAUUGACCUCAAGAAAAAUGUACUCGUGAUCGGCACCACAGGCUCUCAGACCACCUUCCUUCCCGAGGGAGAGUUACCAGAGUGUGCCCGAUUGGCAUACGGGGCUGGGCGAGAGGAUGUGCGGCCAGAGGAGAUCGCAGACCAAGAAUUAGCAGAAGCUCUUCAGAAAUCCGUAGAGGAUGCAGAGCGUCAGAAGCCAUGAUGCAUGUAGUGUGUGUGUACUGCAGCUGGAGUGGGCCCCAGACCAGAGAAAAGCGGUAAAGAAACUACCUCACUGGGAAUGUCAUCAUUACCAACUUCAGAUGGAUUUAACCAUCCAGCCCAUCCUUCAGGACAGAGUCCUGAGAUUGGUAAUCCUAUGAGUCUUGCUCACUCUGUCUCUGCUUCAGUCUGCCCUAUCAAGCCCAGUGACCCCGACAGCAUCGAACCUAAAGCUGUGAAGGCUUUGAAGGCUUCAGCUGAGUUCCAGAUAACCUCUGAAAAGAAAGAACAUCUUCCUCUGCAGGAUCUUUCUGAUAGUGCUUCUUCAGCAGACAGUGCUCCAGCAGACCAGAGUCCAGCCAUACCUUUGCAGAAUUCCUCUGAAGAAGCCAUUGUUGCCGAUAAUAUGGAGAAAUCUGCUGAAAGAAGCACCCAGGGCCUCAGAUCUCAUCUCCACACAAGACAGCAAGCUAGUGUAUCUGUCACAACUACUAGGGUGCAAGAACCACCAGGGUUUCUAGGUGAGAAGGGUUGGCAUCCAGAAAAUCAGAACCUGCAUCAGGUGAAUGGCCUUCAGCACAAAGAACCAGGGAAUGAACAGCACGGGGUUGGACAACUGAAUGCUCUAAACGACCGAGAACAUCUCUGUAACGCAGAGGACUUUGAACUUCUUGGAGAAAGGCAACAGAAUCAACAAAGAAGUGUUGAUUUGGAAUCGACAAUGAAAGAAGACCAGCUACAACAGAAUGCGGACCCUCCAGGUACAGAGGAAAGUACUCUACCUUCAGGAUGGUUUGGCUGCUCAAAGUCAGAAACAUUUAUGGAAGUAGAUACAGUUGAAGAGUCCCUAGUUGCUGUGCUUAAUUCAGCAGAUGGUCAGCAUGCCAGUGUCAAGAACAUCGGUGCAUCUGCUCUCACCUUAGAUAAUCCCUUGAUGGAAGUAGAAACAUCAAAAUGUAACCCUUCGUCUGAAAUUUUGAGUAAUUCAGUUUGCACUCAGGAUUUACAGUUCCCAGACAGCAAUGUUGAAAUGUCUGGAACAAGUAAAGAAGAUGGGGAUUGCUCCCCCUCUUUAAGUCUUUGUGGCAGUUCUCAGCCCUCUGUGGAGUCAGCAGAGGAAUCAUGCUCAUCUCUAACAGCAGCCUUGAAGGAACUCCAUGAACUUCUGGUCAUUAGUAGUAAACCAGCUUCAGAAAAUAUAUCUGGGGAAGUUAUCUGUCAGUCCGAAAUGGUAACUGAGGGCCAAACAGUUACUAAGGACCUUUCUGAAAGAUGGACCCAAAGUGAGCAUCUUACAGCUGCCCAGAAUGAAGAGCAUUCACAAGUCACCUUUCAUCAGACCAUAUCUGUAUCGGUGAGGGCAGAGAAGUUACCAGACACUUCAAAUGGUGCUGGAGUAGAUGCAGUAGAAAAUAGUACUGUAAGGGGUCCGGGCGAUGGCCUAGUAACGGAUAAGGAAAGUGUCCCCAAGCCUAGGGAAUCUGGAAAGGAGAGCAGCUCUGCCACUCUAGCCUCAGCUAAAACGUCUAAUCAGUCACACUGCACCUUAGGUGUAGACAUUCCACGCAAACCCUUAGCCGGUGAGGAGGAUGCAGUCAGUCACACUUCUGAGCAAGCGAAGUCCUUGUCCAAUUUCAUACUGGUUCAAGAUUUGGGUCCGGGCACACAGAAGCCAGUGCCAGACAGGCCUGAGACCAGAGAAGAUGUCUGUCCUGAAGCUGCAGGACGACUUCUUGAGUUUGAACCACCUCCCAGCCAGCCAGCAUCAAGUCCCUCCAUUCUUCCACCAUUAAUUUUUCCCGCCGCAGACAUUGACCGCAUUCUCCGUGCUGGCUUCACUUUGCAGGAAGCUCUUGGGGCUUUGCAUCGAGUUGGUGGAAAUGCAGACCUUGCACUUCUUGUUUUGCUAGCAAAGAACAUUGUAGUUCCUACAUAACCAUGGAAAAGGGGGCUAGACCAUACUCCAUUCCCUUUAAAAAAGCUAUACACGCACACACACAUACACACACACAUACACACUCACCACAUAUACAGUGUAUGUAGAAACCUGCAAGCAGAAUGUUGAGCCAGAUUUUUUUUAAGGAUUUUUUUCGGCCAAAGUAACUUAUCUCUUGUCUGAUGAAUUUGUCUAUUCUCUUUGUUAAAAUUUGGGCCUUUUUAAAUGUAUUGGCAGUAAUGUGCAUACAAAAGCUUUUUAUUAUCAUUAAGAUGAUGUAUUCUGGAAUAAAAUUGAUGGUUUCGUGUAUAGCAUACCAUUUUA